AAACUUUGCGCAUAUUUAUGUUAUCUAUGAAUGCAUUGAUUUUUUAUUUUAAUAGCUGUAUAUUAUUUUAAUAAAAAUUGUGACAAAUAUAAUAACCAAAAGAAAUCACUUGUUGUCCACAAUCAGACAUAACCAACAAUUGGAUCAAUCAAUUGCCGAAAACAAUGUCACUCCAAGAAUUUUGGCAUCACUUGACUGGUCCCCGAUUGUACCGUAUCUUUAGGUUUCGCGAUCAACCGGGUCGGCCAUAUGCGGCCAAUCGAGUGGAGAUCUACUCAGACAUUGUAGUCAGAGUUAUAUCGGUAAUGUCAUCGGUGGCCAUCUACUCGAGUCCCAUAAUCAUUGGUUAUUUGUGGCGCAAGGGAUGGGUGUCUACCGCUAAUCCGUACGCUGUGUUGAAUCCAUCUAUCAUGAGAUUUGCCAUUAUAUUUACCUUCGCAUAUGUCGGCGCUCUUGUGGUCAGAGGUAUCGGCCGAUCGGCGAACAGAGAAUACAAAGGUUUUGCCACAAUUCUCACGAAAGCCAAACAAAAGGAUGAUAUGUCACGUCUGGCACUUUCGCGCUUUGAAUUUGAUUUCAAUCACUGGCCAAUUGAUUUUCGAUGGUAUGAAUCAACUUUUACUGAUCCGAAAAAACCUCCGGAACUGGUCGUUACCGGUCGACACUCGAAACGCAAUAUAAUGAUUGCCAUUCCGUGCGAUUUAUUGAGUUAUGUUUUGGUUCACACUAUUGCUCGCCGUAUGCUAUAUCCCGGUUCAGUUGGUCUCCUUAAUUUGGCCGUAAGUCAAGCCAUGCUUGAAGGCCGAACCAAAUUGGUUGAAGAGAAUAAUGGCGAAAGAUAUAAACUGUUGGCCAGAGAUGGCAAUCAAAUCGACACAAUGUUUGUCGACCGAAGAAAUCGCAAUACAACUAAAGGCAAGACUCUGGUCAUCUGUAGCGAAGGUAACGCUGGAUUCUAUGAGUUCGGUACAAUGGGAACGCCAUUAGAUAUUGGCUAUUCGGUUCUCGGAUGGAAUCAUCCAGGUUUUGGUGGAAGUACUGGACUUCCUUAUCCACAAAAUGUGAUCAACGCCAUGGAUGUUGUCAUUCGUUUUGCUAUCGAGCGUCUAGGCUUUCCAUUGAACUCAGUACUAUUGCAUGGCUGGUCUAUUGGUGGCUUUCCCGUUAGUUGGGCCGCACAAAGCUAUCAACAGGUGAAAGGACUUGUUUUGGACGCAUCGUUUGAUGACGUGUUACCACUGGCCGAAAAUGCAAUGCCACCCGCGCUUAAUCCCAUUGUACGCAACCUAAUCAGGACAUACUUUAAUUUAAAUAUAUCGGAAAACAUUAAUCGUUUUAAUGGACCAAUACUUUUGAUUCGACGACUUAGAGAUGAGAUUAUCAGUACUAAUAGAUUGGAACAGUUGAGAUCAAAUCGUGGCAAUGAUAUGCUUUAUAAACUACUUAGCAACAGAUUUCCGGUGUUAAUGGCCAGCGAUGAGAUUAAAAAAACACUUGCGAGUUGGCUAUUAGCUAAUCCAGCGGAUCAGGCCACACUUAUGAUGCGUUACGGUGUUACCGAUGAGUUGUGUUUGAAUCAAUUGUUGACUUAUAUGAAGGAAAACGGUGUCGACUAUCCCUUGAAUAUUGGGGAUAACAUUGAUAUGACUAUUGACAUGAAAAUAAAAUUGGUUUUGUUUUUAGCGAAGAAACACAUGAAACACUACGACUCGACUCAUUGCACACCACUUCCGGCCAUUUUAUUUGAAGAACCCUUUGAUUUGUUAACUAUUUUUAACAAUAAAAUUAAAUCUAGUUUAUAGAUAAUUGUAUAUAUGUUUAAAAUGUGAUUAUUGAUUAUAAAUAAUUUAUUUUCAAUGACUGCUCAAAUUAGUUUUGAUAUAUUUUUUCACACAAAACAUUUUCAUUUUGUUUAUAUAAUUAAUAGUUUUUUUAGCAACGUUAGUCA